AUGUCAUCGGAGAAGUCAGGCCUUCCGGACUCAGUCCCUCACACUUCGCCGCCGCCAUACAAUGCCCCCCAACCCCCAGCCGAGCCCCCCGCCCCGCCCCCACAGGCAGCCCCCUCCUCGCACCAUCACCACCACCACCACUACCACCAGUCCGGCACGGCCACCCUGCCGCGCUUAGGGGCAGGCGGCCUGGCCGCCUCUGCGGCCGCCGCCCAGCGCGGUCCCUCGUCCUCUGCCACGCUGCCCCGGCCCCCCCACCACGCCCCGCCCGGCCCAGCCGCCGGGGCGCCUCCACCCGGCAGCGCCACCUUGCCCCGCAUGCCACCCGACCCUUACCUGCAGGAGACUCGCUUCGAGGGCCCACUUCCCCCGCCGCCACCCGCCGCUGCCGCCCCGCCCCCGCCGCCGCCAGCCCAGACCGCCCAGGCCCCCGGCUUCGUGGUGCCCACGCACGCGGGGGCGGUGGGCACGUUGCCGCUGGGGGGCUACGUCGCGCCGGGCUACCCUCUGCAGCUGCAGCCCUGCACUGCUUACGUGCCGGUCUACCCGGUGGGUACGCCCUAUGCAGGCGGGACCCCGGGGGGAACUGGAGUGACCUCUACGCUACCCCCGCCUCCCCAGGGCCCAGGCCUGGCCCUCCUGGAGCCGAGGCGUCCGCCACACGACUACAUGCCCAUCGCGGUGCUGACCACCAUCUGCUGCUUCUGGCCCACGGGCAUCAUCGCUAUUUUCAAGGCAGUGCAGGUGCGCACGGCCCUGGCCCGCGGAGACAUGGUGUCGGCCGAGAUCGCUUCGCGCGAGGCCCGGAAUUUCUCCUUCAUCUCCCUGGCGGUAGGCAUUGCGGCCAUGGUGCUCUGUACCAUCCUCACCGUAGUCAUCAUCAUCGCCGCGCAGCACCACGAGAACUACUGGGAUCCCUAG